UCGCCAUAUACCGAGCGUGAUCACUUGUUGAACCUCAAGACUCUGGAUCCCGAAAAUGCACUACUGGCCCGGGCACUGGUGCAGAUGGACAACGUGCGAGCCGACUAUGCCACCGCGUCGUAUCUUGAGUCGUUCAACUGGGUCGAAGUUAUGGAGGGCCUCAGACGGCUGGCGAGAGAAGAAGGACACCACUUCAGGGAGACUUCGUUCUACAUCGUCGUCUUUCGGUCGCAGAUUCCGCCGACGACCGCAUAUGAAGACUUGGGCGCCCUGGACAAGGUGGCUCAUGCGGAAGCGACGGCUGCAGGGGGCUUCCUCAAAUACUGGUUUGGAUCGCCCGAUGCCGAGGGCAGGAAUUUGGCCACCUGUCUCUGGCGGUCGCGGGACGAUGCUCGCCGAGGAAACAUGGGACCAGGACAUCGCAAGGCUGCUAUGGCGACAAGGUCCCUCUACUCGAACUGGCAGAUCGACAGGCACCGGCUGACGAUUGGUGACGGCGUUCAGAGCUGGGAGUUU